AAAUUAAAAUUGGAAACUUUGACACCAUCAGAAUCUCAGCUCUUAUUCCUCACACUUGUUGUUUCUGAUCCACAUAAUUAAGAGUAAAACCCCUUUAAGAUUUCAAUUUACAGUCUCUUCUUCUGAUGGAAAAAUCCAAAUACCUAAUCAGGUAAGAGUUGCUCUCUGUACUGUUUUAUCAUUGUUCUUUACCUCUUGAUCUGUAAAUUUGCAUAACCUAAAAACUUGAACAUGUACAACAUGUAUAGUAGCUCAACUGUAGGGAUAAGAAGUAAGGGUUCUCUAUGUUUAUCCAUAAAUGAUUAUUAUUCAUCAAAUGAGAAGUGUCCAUCUUCAUUAUGUUUACCAUGCUCUUGUUGUUCAAUCUCAAUUUAUGGGUAUGGAGUACCUAUGGUAAACAUUAAAUAUAUAUAUGGGUUCAGACAAUCCAGUUUGAUUCACUGUUCAGCUUCUAGGAAAUUAAUUUUAGGUGGUGGUGGUGGUUGUAGCGAUCGUUAUAGGCGAUUACAGGAUUGUAACUCAGAUUUAGUGUGUAAUGGAGGCUCCUAUUAUUCUCUCAAAGAGAGCAGUAGGCAAAAGGAGAGGGAAAGGGGGAUUGCGAGGAGAGGGAGAAGAAUUGUCUGUAUGGGUUGGGAGGAAAAAAGUGAGUCUUUUGAUUGUAGUGAUGGAAAUGUUGAAGCAAUGCUCAGUUUAUUGACUGAAGACAUUGGUGAAAGUAUUUUAGAUGCUGAAUGGCGUAAGAAUAGAUCAAGGACUGUGGAAUUUCAAGGGGAGAGAAGGAGCAGGGUUAGUGAGUGUGUUAAUGAAGGGAAUAAGUAUGUUGAUUCUGGUUCUUCGGAGGGGUAUUCAAAGUGUAAUUGUCAAUCUGUUAAAAAUAACUCGAGGGAAGAAGGUCGCCAACAUUUUGGAGGAAUGAAAAGUUCUUUUAAGAAGGUCGAUAAUGGUGGGGUGAGAAAAGAAAGGCUUAUUAGAUCUUCAUGCUACUCCGAGGGACUUCCGGUGAAGAGUAAAAGAGAACUUAGAGAUGUUAAUGAGUGUGUGAAGGAAGAGAAUAAGUAUAUAGAAUGUGGUUCUUCGGAGAGGAAUUCAACUCGUGAAUCAGAAUCUGUCAAAAUUAAGUUGAGGGAAGAAGGUUCUUUGAGGGGUGAACAUCUUAACUCGAGGAAAGAAAGGUCUAGUAGUACUUCAUCUAACUGGUCUAGGAGAUGUCCAAAAGAUACCAAGAACAUAAAUGUUAGUGAGUGUACUAAGGAGGAAAGGAAGUAUGUGGAAUCUGGUACCUUGGGAAAACUCUCGAACUGUGAGUAUGGAGCUGCCACAAACAAGUCGAGGGAAGAAGGUUGUAGGUCAACAGGAGAAAUGGGAGUAUUUACAAGGGGUGAGAACCAAGGUUUGAGGAAAGAAGGGUCUAGCUGUUCAUCGUAUUACUCCGCUGCGUCGUCGGGUAACAUUGAUGAGAUUCAUGGGAGCAACACAGUUAGUCAAGUUGAACAUGAAAGAUUUGUUGGUGAACCUUCGAGUAGCUACAAGUUUGAGGAAUCUAGAAAAACUGAUGAGGGGCUUUUCACUGAUGAUGUUAAGAAAAAAUGUAUGAAGUAUGAAAGUGAUGGGAGGACAUAUGAAGAGGCUUCAAGAAAAGGAAGGACUUUAGUUGGAAGGGACGAAACAUCUAUUAGGAUAGAUGGGGCUUUGAGAAAGGAUGAACAUAAGAUUAUGGAAGUCAAAGAUAGAGCUUCCCUUUCUCAAGAGAGAUCCGAUAGCAGGGAUAAUAAUUCAACCCAAUCCAUUGAUUUUGUUGAAAAUACAAGAAAUGCACGUAGCAGAAAAGGUCAUCAGGCUGUUCAGCAAUCAAGAACUAAAUUUCAACAGCAAACUCAAAUAUCAGAUAUGCAGAAUAGGGUGAAUAGGAGUGCUUACAGUUCGCAAAAUAGGCUCAGUGAAAGGGAAGAAAAGAUAACCGAAGCUGUGAAUUUGGUCGUGGAAGCAAGAGAGAGAAAUACUCGAGUGGAUAAUCAAAUAAUUGGCCCAACUGAGUCAACAGGGAAGUCCCAACAAGUUAGCCAAAUUUCAGGGAUCCAUGGUAGCGAUACUAGAUGGUCCUCCAGUUCGCAGAGAGUUCAUGAAACUAACACGAAGAACAGAGAAGAGAAUUCAAGUUCACUAGAAGGUUCAUUUCAGGAGGCAAAAGAACAACGUACUCAAGCUGAUCAAGAAGUUGUUGAGAUAACUAAAUCAGAUUAUGAAUCUCAUGACGUCACAAAUGUUUCAGUUAUCAGUGCUUUUGAUGCCGAACUCUUCAGCAGUUCCCAAAAGCUUCAGGUAACAAGAAUGAGUACCCAAGAAGAAAAUUCAACUUCACAUGUAGAUGCGGCUCUGGAAGCAAGAGAAGGGAACCAAACGGGUCAACGAGUCACCGGACAAGUUUGGUCAGUGAAAGAGUCCCAAAGGCCUAGCAGAACAUCAGGUUUCAGGGAGAGUUUUGAUGAAGAGGGCUCUAGUUCACAAACAGCAUUAGAUUUGGUCCACCAUGCUGGAGAGCAGGAAAUCAGCACACAAAAGGUAGACAGGAGAAAUUUACAGGCGAUGGUAACUCCACCAUCGUCUCAAUUGGUUGGAAGACAUUCCACUGAAACUCUUUUGAACCGAAGACCUAGUAACCAUUCCGCAAUUCGAGAGGAUCCACCACAAGAAGAAGUUCCAGCUUCCCGCCAAGAACUGGAUGGUGGAACUAGCACAAACGAGAUUUAUGCAGGACAUUCUAAUCUUGUGAUCAAUGAUGAUGUGUUGGUUUCUGCCAACCGCUUAGAAGCAUCUUCCACAAUGUUUGUUGGAGAGUUCAUGGAGAAGCUAAGAGGUGAAACAUCAACUUCCGAAUUUGUUGAAGGACGAACGUCUUCUCAAUCAAAUCAACAAGUAUCUGAAGAUUUCCAGUCGCAGGUGGAUAGUUCAAGGCGAUCAUCUUUCUUAUCUGGAAGAAAAGGACCCUCUGAUGAAAUGUGGCAUGUUUCUGGCUCCUCAAAGAUAGAAGCUCCUAUAGAAGCCAAAUCCAUGAAAGAGAAUACAAUAGUCAGGAGUACUAACAGGUCUUUGUGGGGUGUUGUUUCAGAUAUAGUUCGUCUCCGGUGGGGUGCACGAUCCGAAACCCAUAAUUCAACUAGCAAAUCUGGUGGUAGGAGUUCCCCAAAUGAAUCAGGUGUAAGUGAAGCGUGGAUCUCUAGCAACGAGCCUGAUGAAAAUGAUGAUGAGAAUGCUAAGAAGUCAAAAAGAGGUACACCAAAAAGAUCCAGAUCUUCUGAUCUACCUCAUCCAAGAAAACCUCCGACUCAAACCCAAGGAGACGCCUAUGAAGUGAUGGUUCCUCAUGAAAACCUAAUGGAAGGUGAGGCUUAUACAACAUCGUCUUCGAUUGGGAGAGGUCCAGCAUCUAAAGUUGUUUCUUCAGCAUCCAACGAGGACACAUUUAACUUGGAAGGUGUAAGGACGGGUCAAGUGACUCCUCCCAGUAUCAAAGCAGCAGAUUCUUCUGUACCAUUACUUAAGAGGCGCUUGAUAAGAUCUCCUCCCGUGGAAGCAGAAAUGCUGGAGAGUAAUAUUGAGGUGUCCACAAGUGGGUCAAAGGAGAUGGUGGAUGAACAACUGAGCGAGAAGCCAACCAAAGCCAUGGAAACUGGAAGGAAGGAUGGGGAUUCGAAGCAGAAGAAAUUCGAAAGAAAUAAGCAAGUACUAAAAGACAGAUUUGAAGAGUGGGAAGAAGCGUAUAUCAUUGAAAGUCAACAGAAGAAAAUGGAUGAAAUGUUUAUGAGGGAAGCAUUAAUGGAAGCGAAGAAAGCUGCUGACACCUGGGAGGUUCCGGUGGGUGCCGUGCUUGUGCACAACGGAAAAAUUAUUGCUCGUGGGUGCAACUUAGUGGAAGAGUUGAGAGAUUCAACUGCCCAUGCGGAAAUGAUUUGCAUACGUGAAGCCUCAAACGUACUUCGGACAUGGAGACUUGCGGAAACAACACUAUAUGUUACUCUUGAACCCUGCGCAAUGUGUGCUGGUGCAAUCCUUCAAGCUAGAGUCGAUACUGUGGUAUGGGGAGCUCCAAAUAAGCUUUUAGGUGCCGAUGGCAGUUGGGUCAGACUAUUUCCUACUGGUAGUGAAGGCAAAAUCAGUUCCGAUCUUACAAAUGAGCUAACUGGUCCAGUCCACCCGUUCCACCCGAAAAUGACAAUCAGGCGUGGGAUCCUAUCAACUGAGUGUGCAGAUAUUAUGCAACAAUUCUUCCAGCUAAGGAGGAGGACAAAGGAGAAGAAAUCAGACUCACCACCACCACCACCAUCUUGCUUGCCUAUUUCAGGCCAUCCAUCGAAAAUUAUCACCAAGAUGCAUGAUGUGUUUCACAUUAUGUUCUGCUUGUAGCCGCUGAGAAUACGAUUCAUAUUUCUCUUUCACUGUAUGCAACAUUGCAACUAUAUCAAGAAAGUACUAUCAUCAAAUCCAAGUAGAGUGUGGCUUUGGGUGGGGGUAAGGUGAUCUUCUUAGUUUUGCGAUAAAUUUUUCAAAAGAAGCUCAUAGUGGUCAAAAAGAAGGUGUGUAAUCCUAGUAAGUCCCCUACGUGCUCUUCAGAGGAUACUUUUCUUACAUUUCAUAAACUUAGGCUGGUGAAGACAUAUUGAUAACCAAUGAAACAAAUUUGAUAUGCAAUUUAGAGCUCACUGUUCUCGACAAUUAGGAUUAGAAAAACUCCUCGAACAUACGUUUGUGUUUGUUUUUUGAGAAAAUCAGAUCAGAAUCAUGCAAACGUUUUUGUACGGAAAUUUCUAUAGUUAAUAGCCAUUUGCUUUAGGGAUUCAUUCGUUCAAGGACCAUCGAGAAGAAAAAUGAAAGCUUCAGUCUAUGGUGUAAAAACUUAGUUUCAUGUUAUUAGGGCAAUUCUUGUACAAUUUCAUCAUUUCUUCAAACUUAUUUAUCAAAGAAUGGGUAUGCACUUUACUGUUGAACUGCUAACAAGCAUUAUGGAUCUUGGAAGUUUAAAUGAACCACAUUUGACACUGAUUUUAACAUUAAUCUGGCUAAGAGAAUAAUUAGGCUAGUUAAGCGAUAUGAAUGUUUGUUUUCUGUAAAUUUGUAACUAAACUUGUGCUAAAAUUGUUAAUUACUUGUGAUUAACUGUAUUUCGUGAUGCUUUUACCUAAUUUUUAGAUUAUGGUUUUAUUCGA